AUGUCUGCAAAGUCAAAGGAGGAAGCGUUUUCUGGUGCAGCAAACGAUAGAGAUCCAGACUUUUUGAGCACCAUAAAUGCCCUGUACAAUGGAAACAAUCCAACCUCUGGGUCUUCGAGUUUACCACAGGAUGAAAUGCAAUCGCGUGGCACACUUGAAGAGCCUGUGUCUCACAUAGAUACAGCUAAUCAACACAUGGAUUCUGAAGUCAGGCCCCAAGACACUGCUUUGAGCGCCCAAGACAAGAUAACUCCUGACACGUAUGAACAGCAAGCUCAAGACGAGAACAGUUUUCUUGACGACAUGGAACCGUACGCUGUUACGUACAUGGAAACGAAUCUCAUGUACAGCGAAGCAUCUUCUGGAGUACCAGGACCUGUCCCGAGUCCAAAAACUGUUUCAGGCAUGUCUGGCGAUCCUUUCGUCGAGUCACCUGGCAAUACGCCUGUCGAAAAUCGCCCCUCAGAAGUCACUAGGGUUACUGCCGAUAACAAUGAUCCACUGAAUGCCGAAAACAGACGUAAGACCAACGCUGAUGAUGCACAUAAGCAUCGGCAUUCGCCGGAUAAUCUUCUAGCAAAUCCGAUGUACGUCCCAAACGCUGGUCAACGGGAAACAAAUGGGUCUUGUACUUUCUGGCGGGUCUUCUGCCUCGUUGCCGCUGUAGUCCUGGUAGGAGCGACCAUCGCAGCCGUUCUCGCGGUGCAACUCAACACACAGGACCACAGCAUCCAAACGCUAUCCCCCGAUUAA